AUGUCUAUUGCAAAUGCACAGCAGGUGCAUAUCAGCAUCUGCAACGAUGAUCUCAAAAUCUAUCGCGCAGACAACCCACCCGCGCGUGACGGCCAUCAUGCGCGCGUCAGUCUCGAUGGACUCUUGAGGAACUGCUGUUCCGUUGGGAAGCCCUUCAAGGAACGCAUCAUCUCGCUGUAUGAUGUCUUGGGCCUUGAGUAUAAGGACGCUCGGCUCACAAUCUCCUAUCUGCGGCUUGCAAAGAAGAAGGACUUGCCGGAACAUGCAGUCGAUGCCUUCACGGAGGAAGCCUGGCGUGCUGCCUAUCGCAAGACGCAGCCAAGGAAGCGUAUCAAGGUCCUACUCAAUCCAUUUGGCGGUACACGCAAAGCGCGUUCCCUCUGGCAAGACUUCGCCAAGCCCAUCUUCGAAGCUGCUCAAUACAAGAUUGACCUGCAAGAAACCACACAUCGCAAUCAUGCCCAUGAGAUUGCUGCAGCACUCGAUGUGGAGCAGUACGACGUGCUCAUGUGUAUCUCUGGAGACGGCCUGCCGCAUGAAGUAUUCAAUGGCCUCGCCUCGCGGCCCGAUGCGAACAGAGCGCUCAAAUUGCCUGUUGCGUUUCUACCGGCCGGUAGUGGCAAUGGCUCUGCCAAGUCCAUCUAUGAUACGCACAACGUUGUGGAGUGUGCACUUGCCGUUGUCAAGGGCGUUGAGACACCCAUCGACUUGAUGAGCAUCACUCAGGGACAACGGCGAUUUCUCUCGUACUUUUCAGUUUCCUUUGGGGUAAUUGCAGAUGGAGACUUGGGAACAGAACACAUGCGCUGGAUGGGCGAAGCGCGUUUCACUGUCGGCGUCUUGCAACGCAUCAUGACUCGUACAGCCUAUCCUUGUACAAUCUCACUGGAUAUUGUGCAAGAGGACAAGAAGGUCAUUCGCAAAGAGUAUGAUACACGACGGGACGUGCAUCGGCAAGCAGACAAUGACGCAAAAGGCCUGCCGCCGCUCAAAUAUGGCACCGUCAACGAUCCUGUUCCAGCAUCUUGGAGGACAGAAGAGCACCCUAAAAUGGGCUGCUUCUACGCUGCUCUCAUGCCUUACAUGUCUUCUGCCGCGUGCAUCUUUCCUGCUGCACGGCCGCAUAGUGGUGCGAUGGAUUUAUUCAGCAUGGAAUCGGAUCUUCCGUUCUUCAGUGCCCUCUCAACAGUCUCUGCCGUUGACUCGGCAAAGCACUACGACAGCAAGCAUGCUUACUACGCCAAGCUGCGUGGCUUUCGGCUCACUCCACACGGUAAGGAAGGCUUCAUCUCCAUUGAUGGCGAGAGCAUGCCAUGGGAGCCGUUGCAGGCAGAGUUGCACCCCGGCCUAGGCUGUAUCAUCACCAAGAAUGGCGAGUACUAUUCGCAGUGGCAGCAUUCAUGUCAUAACGUGGAUUAG